GAGAGAGCACGCGCGUGUGAGCGAGAGAGAAAGAGAGAGAGCGACACUGCUAGCAGAUUUUCGAACACAGUCAGAGCAGGGCUAGAGAGGGAGCAGAAGUGUCGACAUUUCACCGGGUUUCAUCACCGAUUUCGCACGUAGCAGGCCGGGAAGAAAAUGAGUUUGGAAGAGAGGCUGUGAAUCAUUCAUUCUGGAGUAACAGCGGCCUUUUUGAAGCACGGUGGAGGAACAAGAGGAAGCCUGGACCAGAGAAGUCACAACCCCCAGACGAUCUCAGAUGGAGGUGGAUGCGGAUGAGAAGCGCCACCGCACGCGUUCCAAAGGUGUCAGGGUGUCUACGGAACCAGCGGUACAGGAGCAGUUCAGCUGCCCAACACCAGGUUGUGAUGGCAGUGGGCACGUCAGCGGCAAAUAUGCACGACACAGAAGUGUCUAUGGCUGCCCUUUGGCCAAGAAGAGGAAAACGCAAGAUAAGCAGCCGCAGGAACCAGCCCCAAAGAGAAGGUCCUUCCUGACACGCCUAGACAACUCCUCCAUGGACGAGUGCUACGAGACGGAUGGCACGGAGGAGGUGGACGAGAAGGAACAAGAGGACGUAGAGGAGGAAGAGGAGGAGGAAGGCGAGGAAGAGGAGGAGGUAGAAGAAGACGACGAGGAAGAGUACUCGGAGGACAACGAGGAGCAGGGUGAGGAGGAGUACGAGGGGGAAGUGCAGAGGGGGCAGAGAGAAACGGCGGAAGACGUCAUAGAAGAUGAGGAGGAGGAGGAUGGCGAGGAAGGUGACGAGGAGGAAGAGGAGGAGGAAGAGGAAGACGAGGACGAUGACGACGAAGAUCGCGAGGAGCGCGGUCACAGGCACGAGAACAAUCAGAUGAACGGCGGCUACUCCAAAACCGGUCCGGUGCUAGACAAGGACAACAACAGCGAGGAGUAUGAGAACUACGACGAGCUGGUGGCCAAGUCCCUGCUGAACCUGGGCAAGAUAGCUGAGGACGCAGCCUACCAGGCCAUGACCGAGUCGGAGAUGAACAGCAACUCCUCCAACAGCGCGGGCGAAGACGACGAUGAAGACGACGACGACGACGAGGAGAACGAGAAGGGCCAGAGGAAGGGCGAGCUGAGCCUGGAUGUGGACAGCGAUGUGGUGCGUGAGACGGUGGACUCCCUCAAGCUCCUGGCACAGGGUCACGGCGCCCUGAUGGCGGACGACCUGGACGGCCGGGGCUACGAGGCGGAGGCCGGAGGCGGAGGGGGCAUCUCGGACGGCGUCGGGGGUUCGGCCAGCAAUGGGAGGGCGGUGGAGACGGAGGAGGAGGUCUGCCUCAGCAGCCUGGAGUGCCUGAGGAGCCAGUGCUACGAUCUGGCGCGCAAGCUCAGCGAGACCCAGCCGGCGGAGCGGGGCGGACAUCCCUACGCCACCCCGCACGCCCACCCGCACCCCCACCACCACCUGUCCGACCUGCCGCACCACCACCACCACCACCACCACCACCCCGUCUACGUCAGCUGCCAGCAGGAGCUCCAGGAGGACGGGCGGAGCGGCCUGGAGAGGAACUACUCCGACAUGGUCAACCUCAUGAGGCUGGAGGAGCAGCUCAGCCCCGACUCCAAGGGCUACGGCAUGGGCCAUGGCCAGGAAGGAGGGGGCCACGACGGGGAUGAGGACACGGCCUCCGUGACCUCCGACCGCUCGGACGAGGCUUUCGACAUGGCCAAAGGCAACCUGACCCUGCUGGAGAAGGCCAUCGCCCUGGAGUCGGAGAGGGCCAAGGUGAUGCGGGACAGGAUGGGGGUGGAGCAGGGCCUCCGGAGGGAGCACAGUCCCCGGCAGAGCUGCGCGGCGGAAGAGCGGAAAGCGCGGAGCCACCACGAUGGAGCCAAGAGGCCGUACUACCCGAAAGAUUCUUCGCGGAGCGAGAAGAAGGAGAGCAAGUGCCCUACCCCCGGCUGCGAUGGAUCGGGGCACGUGACCGGCCUGUACCCCCACCACCGGAGCCUGUCCGGCUGUCCCCACAAAGACAGGGUGCCCCCUGAAAUCCUUGCAAUGUAUGAAAAUGUUCUAAAGUGUCCUACGCCUGGCUGCACGGGACGUGGCCAUGUCAAUAGCAACAGGAACUCCCACCGAAGCCUCUCUGGGUGUCCCAUUGCUGCUGCAGAGAAGAUGGCCAAGAUCCAGGAGAAGCACCAGACCAGCGAUGGGCCCAAAUCCAACCAGGCUUCAGACCGUGUGCUGAGGCCCAUGUGCUUUGUGAAACAACUGGAGAUCCCACAGUAUGGUUACAAAAACAACGUUCCCACCAGUACCCCGCGGUCCAACCUGGCUAAGGAGCUGGAGAAGUAUUCCAAGACCACCUUCGACUACAACAGCAGUUACGACAGCCACCACCAGGUCUACGGGAAGCGAGCCAUCGCGCCCAGGGUCCAGGGACGUGACACUUCUCCCAAGGGAUAUGACGUUAAGCGCUACUGUAAGACGUCCAGCCCGGCCAGCAGCAGCACCAGCAGCUACGCCCCCAGCAGCAGCAGCCUGAGCAGCGCCAGCAGCACCUGCAGCCGCAGCAGCUUCGACUACACCCACGACAUGGAGGCCGCCCACAUGGCUGCCACCGCCAUCCUCAACCUGUCCACGCGCUGCCGCGAGAUGCCCCAGAGCCUGGUCGGCAAGCCGCCGGGCCUCUGCUCACCGGGCCCCGACGCAGAGGUGAAUGAGAACGGGACGCUGGACCUGAGCAUGAGCAGGCCACGUGACAGCCACGAGGGCAGCUGUGCAGUCCUCACGCCCCUGGAGCCCAUGUCACCCCAGCGCCAGGCUCUCAUGAACAGCAGGUGCUACCAGCUCAGCGAGGCCGACUGCUGGGACCUGCCUGUCGACUACACCAAAAUCAAGCGCGUCGACGACGACGACCUCAAGGAGCCUGACGACUUGGACCCCUUCCAAGACAUUCUGGAGGAGCGGCAGUAUCCCGGGGAGGUCACUGUCCCCAGCCCCAAGCCCAAAUUCGCCCCGUGCAAGGAGGCAAAGAAGGAGCUGAUAACUCUGUCCGGCUGUCCUCUAGCUGACAAAAACAUGCGGAGCGUGAUCCCCACCAAUUCCCAAGACCUCAAGUGUCCAACCCCUGGAUGUGAUGGUUCAGGACAUAUCACAGGAAACUAUGCCUCACAUAGGAGCCUAUCAGGCUGUCCUAGAGCCAAGAAGAGUGGUGUCAAGAUAGCUCACAGCAAAGAAGAUAAGGAGGACCAGGAGCCAAUCAGGUGUCCGGUCCCUGGCUGCGAUGGGCAGGGUCAUGUGACGGGGAAGUAUGCGUCUCACCGCAGCGCGUCAGGCUGCCCCCUAGCGGCCAAGCGGCAGAAGGACGGCUACAUGAACGGCUCCCAGUUCUCAUGGAAGUCGGGGAAGACCGACGGCAUGUCCUGCCCGACGCCAGGCUGUGACGGGUCUGGACACGUGAGCGGCAGCUUCCUGACACAUCGAAGCCUGUCUGGAUGUCCCCGAGCCACAUCAGCUAUGAAGAAAGCCCGGCUGUCUGGAGUGGAAAUGCUAACAAUAAAGCAGCGGGCGAGCAAAGGAAUAGAAAAUGAUGAGGAAAUUAAGCAACUGGAUGAAGAAAUCAAGGAUUUAAAUGAAUCAAACACACAAGUUGAGUCAGAUAUGAUUAAACUUAGAACACAGAUCACCACAAUGGAGACUAAUCUGAAGUCUAUAGAGGAGGAGAACAAGGUGAUUGAACAGCAGAAUGAUUCUCUACUACAUGAGCUGGCCAACCUCAGCCAGUCCCUAAUAAACAGUUUAGCCAAUAUCCAGCUCCCACACAUGAAACUGCUGCCACACAAAGACGCCCCCAUUAGAAAUCACAGCUGUUUACAGAUGCAUCAGAGAGAGCCGAUGAACGAACAAAAUUUUGACACUUACGUGAACACUUUGACAGACAUGUAUACGCACCAGGACCAGUACCAGAGCCCGGAGAACAAGGUCCUCCUGGAGAGCAUAAAGCAAGCGGUGCAGGGAAUCCAAGUCUAGACCCCCAUCCCCUUCCCCUCCCCUCUUCCCCAGCUGGUUGCUGGAAGAGUGGCUCACCUGAGAGUGGAGGUACAGUAGAGGAGGUUAAUCACGAAAGGGACGUCUCUCAGUACUCUCGCCACUGUACUGUAUCCAACAGUGUUAAUAUUAAUUUAUGUUACUUAAAAAAGAAAAUGUGUUAUGCAUCCAAAAACUUCAGAUAAUUUUUUGGGAUCUUGCUUUAAAAAUACUCGACAGCAUAAUAGUUUUUGAAAACAUUCAUGUUUUGUACAUUUUCAUAUGAGCUAACAUAAUGUGAUGUAAUGUUUAUAGCUGCUAAUGCAUACACAUUUUUACAAUAUAUUGUAGGACAUAAGUUGUUUUUAAUGCUUAUUGACAAAGCAUUUUAGAUUCAUGCGCUGACCUGGAGAAAAAAAAAGAACAAUGAGAAGAAAAAUGCAGCAGCCACUUUUUAAUCAUCUUGUCUCCUCGUUGGAGUAUUUUAUGGAAUUUUAAAAUGUUUGUGUGCAGAUUGUUUAAUGGCAAGACUUGGAUGUAAAUUGCUUUAUUUUUUAACUAUGUUUGAAAAAUUUGUCUUUUGUUAAAGAAGUGAUUGAUAAUGGUGGGUGGGGCUUAAAAAAAUGUGUUGAAAUGAGUAUGAAAAGACAGUGACUUGAGGUUUGAUGGUUUUAUUGUAAACAUCAUGACACGGAAACCGGUGGAAAUCCCAAUUUCUAGAGAGGACUAUUUUAUGACUACUGAGGAAAAAAACACUUUUAUCAUCCUGUGUUGUUAGAUACCCAUUGUCAUUCUGCCAGUGAGAAGGUGCUGUCAAAUGGCAAUAGAUAAUCUAGAUUACAUUAGCAUUAGCAUUUAUUCCUUUCAAUUUUAAAAUUUCAGUAGCUAAAGUCAGAAAACAUAUCAGCAAUAUAUGAUCACAAUUCAGUCACAUAGUAAUAGAUAAGGGAUGCAAUCUACAUAAACCAUUUGGGUAUAUGCAAUUUCUUAUUCAUAAGCAUAGUGGGAAACAAAUGAAUCUUUUUACUAUAUGUAAAAUAUUAAUUUUUAUAUAAAUCUUUUAAUACAAUAACAUUUUAAAAUUGAAACAUAGAUGUUCAGUUUAGAAAUGAAGGAUUCUUUUUGAGUUGGUUUCUUCAUGUAAAAUUUUGCACAGAAACACCUUCGUUUCCAUGUUUUGAUGCUUUUACAGAAACUUGAAAGGUAUUAGAGAGUCUUAAAGGAAGGAAAGGGAUAUCGCGAAGCGUAAAUAUAUGUAGAGGGUAAUCAGUCCGUGGGACUUACAGGGUCAUUGUCCCCACAUAUGUGCCAGUAGACUAUUUGCACUUGUCCUGUAGCUGUAUCCUAACAAGUGGAAGUGUGCAAUUUCCAGGUGACCAGAACCCUUUGACUCACAAUGGGAACAAUAACCACAAAAUUAACUGUAGUGAGUUGAAUAAUAUUACUGACGGAAUCUACAGGGACUGCAAAUCAAAAAUGAAGUGAUUAAAAUUCGAUCAAUAAGUAUACUUAUAUUGAUAAUAGACAAUGAUCUGGAUUUUAGUAUUUAUGAUGAGACGUAUUCCCACAGCACUUUAUAUCUAAUCAUUGUACAAUUAUGAAAACAAUAUGUCAAAUGUAUUUUUUAAAAAAAUACAAAGAAGCCACUCCAACAGACACAGAUAGUGGCUUAAAAAAACAAAUAACUCUGAUGUGGAAUCUGAGGUAAUGCAGUCACUUGUCUGCAUGGCCCUCAUUUAUGUUGUGCUGUUAGCUGUAGCUGCCAUGUUCAGAAUUGCCUUUUUCGAGAGCUAGCGCUAAGGUGCUUGUCAUACACCCAAUCCCAUGUUAUGUAGUAUCCUAGCUGUCCUCCCUUAGGGCCCUGUGCAUUUUCCAUGACUCCACACGCCUUUCUCCAAAGCAUUGUGUCCGUAGCUUAUCGCCAAUAUAGUAACGCUUUCAGUAGAGUAAUAGCUACAGUAGUAUCAGUUUUUUAAUCAAUUAUUGUUAUCGCUACAAAGAAAACGGGGAUUUUAAGCACAAAAACUUGCUGCUUGUCUACUAUUGGUACAUACUGUAAUAUCAAAUCAAAAAGUUUUCUGUGACAACAUACUGUAAGGAUCACUAAAGGUGUCACAUAUUAGAAUGCUGAAUAAUUUUCAUAUAAAUAAUUGUGAAUUCAUCAGAGUUUAUUUAUUCUACCUUAUACAUUUUUAAGUUAAUUUAAGUACUCAUGUAUGAUGACAGUAUUUUGUACAAACUAUUGUGUUCUCUUUUUCGCUUUCUCUCUGUGGAACUGAAGUUUAGUUUAUUUUUGUACUACAUGGCAUGGAUUUGUUGACAAUUUAAUUUUGCUAUAACUGUGUGAGAUCACAAGUUGCUGUGAUAUUUCAUUUUUAAAUGGUGCAAUUUGUACAAUUUUUGUCAUGCUGGAUGUCGACACAUCUUAUUCUGAAUAAAGAAAAAUUGUGUUGCCACAAAA